AUGCUUUCUAUAAUCCUGUUCAGCGCCGUGGUCGGCUUCUUCCUCUACGACCCCAAAGCCCUGCCGGGACUGUGGCAUGCUCGUAUCUUGACUGUUCUCGUCAAACAUCUCGUCUGGCGCCGCAACAGCGCCAUCACGGAGACACCCUCGCCGUCGACCAUCUUCCGCCCCCUGCGCACCUGCUCCUACUGCUCUCUCAACGAAAUCGACUUCAACCUGCACAAAUCCAACAGCACCUUCUACGCCGACCUCGACAUCAGUCGCAUCGAGCUCCUGGUUGUGCUGUUCAAGGACGCCAUCACCCCGCUGGCGCCCCGGGCCAACCUGGCGCCCGAAAACGCCUACAGCCGGCGCAACCGGCGCAGGCCGCUCCUCUUCCUCCUCGGCGGCGUGGCGUGUAUCUUCAAGCGCGAGAUCAAACCCUACCAGCGCUACGAGGUCGUCUCGCGUGUCCUGACGUGGGAUGAGAAAUGGGUGUACAUCGUCAGCUACUUUGUGAAACCGGGCGGUCGUCAGCCCGCGGAGAUCACAGAAGACAGCAUCCUUGCCUCGGCGCUGUCCAAGUAUGUCUUCAAGCAGGGCCGUCAGACCCGGGACCCCGCCGGAGUGUUGCGGGAGCUGGGGUUGGCAGGCGACCCUGAUGCCGCCGCUGGUGACCGGCUGCCUCUGCCUUGUCAGGAUCUACUCGAUCAAGGCGCCGGAGCAGCCGCAGCGUGGACCUGGGCCCAUGUGGAGGCCGAGCGCCAACGUGGGCUGGCGAUAGCACAGCAUAUGGCCGGCUUGGAUGGGUUGAUGGGGUGAUGGCUGAUUGUGGAUGAAGACGAAUCAUAGGAGAAUACGUGGAUACGGCGGUAUAUUUAGAAUAAUAGAACUGCU